GUUGACUGCAUCCGAGCCCGAAUAGCUGAUAUGGACUCAAGGGCAACUGCGUGCGACUUAUGUCGGUUGCGCAAAGUUCGAUGUGACAAAAGCGUACCUUGCUUCAACUGUCGCCAGUCUUCGCAGGAUUGCACGUUCACAGGCGCUGGCCAGAAACCCAAGGUUCCUCGACAAAGGGUCCAUGUGUCCCUACAAUACGAGGAGAAGAUAGACCUUCUGGACAAACGCUUGGCCAAUAUUGAGUCCUUGCUGCUCAGACAACAGAGCACGGCGUCAACACAAUGUUCAUGUACAGGGUUAACACCUAAAAAGGCUUUGUCGGAAGUGCCAGCCUUGGCGAAGGAUGCAUCUCACGUUGCCACAGGAUUCGAUGUAACAAAUGAAGCUCCCCCGGUUGAAGGCCCCUCUUCACUGAGAUUCCAGAUGGCAGCAACAAGAAAACUCACGGAAAGUGCGGCCAUUGAGCUGGGUGCCUCAUGCUACGUGAAUGCCGUAGCUAGUGCGCAUCGUGUUGUAAGAUCUCAGAACCCAGCAGGAGCAUCCGAACGGCAAUCAGCGCAAAGGCCUGUGACUUACCGGAACAUGUCUCUGCCGCCAACAUCUGCUGUCAUCAACGUACUCAGACAGCUGAAAGACAAUCCUCCCAGUAGUUUCUUUGUCUUGAGGUGUUUCCUACCGUGUGCAGAGUUUAUCGACCUCUGCCGAAACGUUUACUUCUCCGUCGAUGACUAUACUGCCAUCGAAUUCAUCAUCGUAAAUUCGGGUCUACACUAUCUCUUCACUGAGUACUUUUGUCCUCCUAGCCUCGGGAAUAUUGAGCUUCGGAAACAGUCUCUCGCCUGGGGGGCAAUGUGUAGAAAGGCUCUUACGGCCGCUGUGGCAUCGAUUGAUGCCGGGUUGUCUGCGAAGGCGGAAAACGUACAAGCAUUGAUCCUCGGGACAACACACGCUAUUGAGAUGGCCAGGCCCUGGUUGGCAUGGAGGCUGAUAUGCUUCGCAGCACAGCUUUGCAUGGCUGCAGGCUUCCAUGACGAGAGUCUGAUUGCAGCUGAUGACAACAAUACGAGGACCACUAAAGCUUUGUUGUUCUGGCAUGUUUAUGGACUAGAGAAGACUCUUGCGUUACGCGUUGGCAGAGCCUCUAUGAUUGGAGACUGUGACGUUGUUAUACCUAGAGGGUUGAAUUCGGUGUGUCUGCCGAGGCUAUGGGAUAAACUCGUACCGUUCUGGGUCGCGAAUGCCUCAAUACAUGGCAAACUAUACGACCUGCUGUAUAGUCGCAGCGCCCAGCUCAUCUCCCAGAAAGACCUGUCUGAUCGAGCCAAUGGGUUGCUUGCAGACCUCAAGAUGAUAGAGCCCAUCAGACUGGUAAAUCCAACGAUCACCUCUGCUUCUAAUCACACCGAACCAAUGACAAAACUGGAGGAUAUUCUCGCGAUAUCCGCCGGAGUUAUGUAUCAUACAACAGCGACUCUCAUAUGCAGAGCAAAGACUUCGCGAGCUUCUGUGCCGUCUUUUUCACCGGACUGCCUGUCAUAUGCACGCGCGACAAUUGACGCUCAUCUUGAAUGCGUCCCCUUGAUGAGUGGCGACUUGCAUAUCAUGAAUCUUUAUCUCCAUUGGCGAAUUUUGCAGACCCCUUUCAUUCCUCUCCUGGUGGUAUUCUGCCACAUAGUCGAGACUCAGGACACGGGUGAUGCGCAGCGACUCAAGAAUUUUGCAGAUAGCCUCAAGCAGGGGGAAGAUCUGUCCCCUUCUGCUAAAGAGUUUUAUGACAUCACUCGAGAGCUCUAUAUGAUUGCAGAGAAGCAUAUUGAGACGAGUAACAAACAAGAUUGGGCGUCUGUCCCCUCUCUUUCAACGUUUGGACUUAGCCAAUUUUACCCGGCUGGUGCUUUGGCGGAGAAUUAUCACUUGACAUCUGAGAAUAUGCAGUCUGACCAGGACAUGGAGAUGAUGUUUGAUGGAGAGCAAGUCUUGCGCUUUUUCUAGUUCAUUUUGCCUAUACUGUUCUAACUCGAGACGUGUGGCUGGACGUGAGAUCAGCGAAAGAGACAUAGAUUCUAGCGCCUGUAUACUCCGAGAAUCUUGCUACCAGGGUGGCUGAAUUUCUCUAAUCUACACAGUAUAAUGAAAUAGGAACACAUCCAAAAUCAAGUAAGCAGGUAAAAUAUGAGAGCCAGAGAGAUGUUCUAUUGCUAAAACCCCGGUCUCCGGGGAGGGGGAGACAAUAUCAAAGUCCUUGGCUUCUCCAGGCUCAUGUGCGCUUGUGUGACACAUGAAAU